AGCUUUAUCUUUAAAAUGUAUUAAAAAGAGGAAGUGAAGGAAAGUGUGUGACCGCCCAUUUUCAACAGUUUAUAAAUGCCCUGAUGCACCGAGCGGGAUGGAGAAACCAGCACUUUUUCUCAGAUUAACACUGUGACUAUAAUUUAAUUCACUGUGAACGAUCAUGAAAGAGCUGAACUUCCUUUCCCUCUGGGUGCUUUUGAUGCUGCUGAGGAGCUCUUCAUGUGUUGUGAAUCCUUGUUGCUCCUACCCUUGUGAGAACUCAGGUGUGUGUGUGCGAUUUGGACCGGACGACUACAAAUGUGACUGCACUCGCACCGGCUUCUACGGACAAAACUGCACCAGUCCCGAGUUCUGGACCAGAAUUCGCCUCCUGCUGAAGCCCAGCCCUGCAGUGGUUCACUUCGCCCUGACUCAUUUCAAGUGGUUCUGGGAACUCGUUAACAGGUCUUUUCUGCAAGGCACCAUCAUGAGAAUAGUUCUCACUGUCAGAAACGAGCUUGUUCCAAGUCCUCCAACCUACAACACCAAAUAUGGGUACAUCAGCUGGGAAUCGUACCAGAACAUCUCCUACUACACUCGUCUCCUUCCUCCUGUACCCGAGGACUGCCCUGUGCCGAUGGGAACUAAAGGUAAACCUGUUCUUCCCGACAUCCAAGUGCUGACAGAGAGAUUUUUCAAAAGACAGAAGUUUAGGCCGGAUCCUCAGGGAACCAAUCUGAUGUUUGCCUUCAUGGCUCAGCACUUCACCCAUCAGUUCUUCAAGARGAGUCACAAAGCUAAAGGAGGCUUCACCAGAGCGUUAGGCCACGGGGUAGAUGCGAGCAACAUCUAUGGAGAAGACCUCGAACGACAGCAUCAGCUUCGGCUCCAUGAGGACGGGAAGCUAAAAUAUCAGCUGGUAAAUGGGGAGAUGUACCCUCCUAAAGUGUCCGAGGCCCCCGUGCACAUGGUGUACCCCGAAGGUUCCCCUCCUGAGCACCGCCUGGCCAUCGGGCAGGAGGUGUUCGGCCUGCUGCCGGGCCUCACCAUGUACGCCACCGUCUGGCUCAGGGAGCACAACAGAGUCUGUGACGUCCUGAAGGCAGAACAUCCCACCUGGGACGACGAGCAGCUUUUCCAGACUACCAGACUCAUCAUUAUCGGUGAGAUAAUCAACAUCAUUAUAGAGGAGUACGUGCAGCACCUGAGUGGCUACCACCUGAAGCUGACCUACGACCCCUCCCUGCUCUUCAACGUGCGUUUCCAGUACACUAACCGCAUCGCCCUGGAGUUCUGCCAUCUCUACCACUGGCACCCGCUGAUGCCAGACAGCUUUCUCAUAGACGGAGAUGAAAUCCCGUACUCCCAGUUUCUGUACAACACCUCCGUCCUCAUGCACUACGGCGUAGAGAAGCUGGUGGACGCUUUCUCUCGGCAGCCUGCUGGACAGAUUGGUGGAGGUCGCAACACUCAUGAGGUGGUGCUCAAAGUGGCACAAACCAUCAUCAAAGAGGCCCGAGCUGCACGGCUGCAGCCUUUCAAUCAGUACAGGAAAAGAUUUAACCUGAAGCCGUACGCUUCCUUUUCUGAGUUAACGGAUGACACAGAAAUAGCUCAAGGUCUGGAGGAACUCUACGGAGACAUCGACGCUCUGGAGUUUUACCCCGGCCUCAUGCUGGAGAAAACCCGUCCCAACUUUAUUUUUGGUGAGAGCAUGGUGGAGAUGGGUGCUCCCUUCUCCCUGAAAGGCCUGCUGGGCAACCCCAUCAACUCCCCUGAGUACUGGAAGCCCAGCACCUUCGGAGGGGAGACGGGCUUCGACAUCGUCAAAACGUCCACUCUGAAGAAGCUGGUGUGUCUCAACACCAAGUGGUGUCCUUACGUGGACUUCCACGUACCACGGAGCGAGGAGGGGGCAGAACCGAGGAAACCUUCAGCUGAACUUUGAUGAAUAUUCAUUGUGUUAGUUUGGUGACCAGGUUCACGUUCUAACGAGAGAAAYCAAGAUUAAUACUAAAUGUAUCAGAUCAGUGGGUUCAAAGCAGGUCUACCUCAUGAAAAAAAAAAAAAACAGAUGACAAAAUAUUUGAUUUGGUCAUUUUAGCAUAAUAAUUGAGGAAAGUUCUCACAGUCGUGACAUUGUCAGCUUUCUCUAAUAAAUGCUUUUCUGAUUUGA